GUUUAGCACCUGACCCAGUCGACCACACCACCGCUUCCUACGCACUCUCACACUGACUCUGGCCUUGUGUAGCUUUUACAUCUCAUUAUCAUCUCUGCGUCACUACACUAAAUUGAAUUUGUAAAUGGACAUCAUUCUGUUUCAUGUGUUUAAUGAGUGGGAGAAACACUUAAGCAGAGCAGCUCAGACUCCACAGGCUCCACCUCCACUCCGUUCUCAUUGGCUGCACAGAGGACCAAUCAGAGCGCUGCUUUUUGUGUUUAAAAGGUGUGAGUGCAGCUGUAAGGAGUCUCCUGAUGUUGCAGCAGUGAUCAUCAUCAUCAUCGUCAUCACUGGCUGUGCAGUUGUCCUCAGUAACUCACUAGUAGGAGUUUGAGGUGGUCCGUGAGUGAGGAGGAGGAGGAGGAUGAGUGAGGAGUGUGUGAGUAAGAGGAAGAGGAGGAGAGAGACGGUGCUGAGCGUGCUGGCGUUAGUGCUGCUGGUCUACACCGCCGUGCAGCUCGUCUUCUACACCGCCAAACACACUCCAGAGCAGCAUCACAGGGCAAGACGGGCGCUGGAGAAUGAGAGUGAGUGUGUCCCUCCGCAGUCCUCCGAAUUCCCCCCGGGGUUCUUUACAGAGCAGGAGCGCAGAGACGGAGGCGUCGUCAUUUACUUCAUCAUCAUAUUCUACAUGCUGCUCGCCAUCUCCGUGGUGUGUGACGAGUAUUUCCUACCAUCACUCGAAGUCAUCAGCGACCGUCUCGGUCUCUCUCAGGAUGUUGCUGGUGCCACCUUCAUGGCUGCUGGAAGCUCCGCCCCCGAGCUCGUCACCGCAUUUCUGGGUGUGUUUGUGACAAAGGGAGAUAUCGGUGUGAGCACUAUCGUGGGCUCUGCUGUUUAUAACCUGCUGGGAAUCUGUGCUGCGUGCGGCCUCUUAAGCUCAGUGGUCAGUCGUCUGAGUUGUUGGCCGUUGUUCAGAGACUGUGUCGCCUACGCCGUCAGUGUGGCCGCGGUGAUCGCCAUGAUCUCUGACAACAAGGUGUACUGGUACGAUGCAGCGUGUCUGUUACUGGUGUACGGCGUGUAUAUCGUAGUGCUGUGUUUCGACGUGAGGAUCAGCGAGUAUGUGUUGCGGCGUUUCAGCCCGUGUUGCGUGUGUUUGGUGAAGAGUGAGGAGGAGCUCUCCGAGAGACGGCCCCUCAGUGGGUGGAGCCACGACCAUGGUGAUGAAAAUGAUGUCAGUGGUCUGCCAGUCGCCCGACACUCACGUACAGACAGCGGCAUCUUCCAUGAGGACUCGUCGUACUCACACCUGUCCCUCAGCCUGCACGGGCUCUCAGACACGCCCCGCGAGCCCCGCAGUGUGUUCCAGAUGCCCGACAGUGAUGUGAAGCGUAUAUUCUGGGUGUUGUCCGUGCCCGUGAUGGUGCUGCUCUACGUCACAGUGCCAGACUGCAGGAGACGAUUCUGGAGGAGCUUCUACAUGCUGACGUUCUUCAUGGCCGCCGUCUGGAUCGCUGCCUUUACCUAUGUCCUGGUCUGGAUGGUCACCAUCGUGGGAGGGACACUGGAGAUUCCUGACACAGUGAUGGGGCUUACACUGUUAGCAGCAGGAACCAGCAUCCCAGAUACGAUCGCCAGCGUGAUGGUGGCUCGAGAGGGUAAAGGAGACAUGGCCAUGUCCAACAUCGUGGGCUCUAACGUGUUUGACAUGCUGUGUCUGGGGCUGCCGUGGUUCAUAAAGACGGCAUUUGUGGAGCCGUCGUCUCCAGUGGAGGUGAACAGCACGGGUCUGGUCUUCACCACCUCCACGCUCCUCGUCUCCAUCCUCAUCCUCUUCAUUGUCACUCACCUCAACGGCUGGAAGCUGGACAAGAAGCUCGGUGCUGCCUGCCUGGUCAUCUACCUGAUCUUCGCCACGCUGUCCAUCCUGUACGAGCUCGGUAUCAUCGGGAACAGUCCGAUCCGCGCCUGCGGAGACUAACUGACCCGAGAUCAGAAAUGACCUGAACUACUGAUCUCAGAUCAUUUAUAACACAUCAGAGUUUACCUCAAACCUCAGGUUUAUACAAAUCUGCUGACCUCAGAUUAGCGUGAAGACAUUUACCCCGCACCCAGCACACACCACACUGAAGGCAGUACUGUGCAGAAUAACUGACAUCAGGUCAGAGUUAACUCACCACACACUGAGUCUCGCUCACACACACACACACACACACACACACGCACACACAACGUGUUUAAUGCAUUACUACUGAUCUCAGAUCAGCUGUUACAGACACACACUCGCUCACCACUGGGAAGGUUUUUAUCUUCUGAGCCACUUUCUGCUGUUUAUAUAUAAAUACACUGGAUUGUUAUUUGGGGGG